UGCGGCUGCCUCUUCAUGGGGGGUCGUUUGUCCUAUGAGCAGUUGUGCCACGACCGUGGCUACCUGGUGACCCAGGACGAGCUGGAUCAGACACUGGAGGAGUUCAAGGCCCAGUUUGGGGACAAGCCCAGUGAAGGGCGGCCGCGGCGCACGGACCUCACAGUCCUGGUGGCCCACAAUGAUGACCCCACUGACCAGAUGUUUGUCUUCUUCCCUGAGGAGCCCAAAGUGGGGAUCAAGACCAUCAAGGUGUACUGCCAGCGCAUGCAGGAGGAGAACAUCACGCGCGCCCUCAUCGUGGUGCAGCAGGGCAUGACCCCGUCUGCCAAGCAGUCCCUGGUCGACAUGGCCCCCAAGUACAUCCUGGAGCAGUUUCUGCAGCAGGAGCUGCUCAUCAACAUCACAGAGCACGAGCUGGUCCCGGAGCAUGUGGUCAUGACCAAGGAAGAGGUGACUGAGCUGCUGGCCCGAUAUAAACUCCGAGAGAACCAGCUGCCCCGCAUCCAGGCAGGAGACCCUGUAGCUCGCUACUUCGGGAUAAAGCGAGGGCAGGUGGUGAAGAUCAUUCGGCCCAGCGAGACGGCGGGCCGGUACAUCACCUAUCGGCUGGUGCAGUAGCCGCACCCCACAGGUGUGCGGCACCGUGUGGACACUGGGACCACGCUGGGGCGCCUGCCUUCCCUGCUGGGUAUGCAGGGUGUCCAGCUCUGUGCUGUGAGCAUGGCCACUGCAGUUCUGCCCAGCGCCCGGGAGGUGACUGACCAGACUUGGGAUGUGGUGACAGCCUAGGCACAGGGUCCUCAUGGCCGCCGCUGAACCCCCCUGGACACUACGGAUGGUGGCCAGAGGGGACAGAAUGCCCGAUGGAGGCUGCUGGGACCCCGCCACGCGGCAGGCCUGUGUCUCCCUGCCCCCAACAUGGCCCGGAAGUGCCCACUCCUGGCCACGCUGCGAGCUGGCCCUUUGCCAGCGAGUUGUGAGAGCAGCAGAGGGAGAUUAAAGCUCCCCGGGCCCGGGAUUGCUUUUGAAUGCUGUGUUACAAUUAAAGUUAUUUUGAGUAAGA